AAACGGCAAAAAAAAUGGCAAAGAAAAGCAAAAGAAUGGUAGAAUUUGAAGAAUUACCAGAACCAUGUAUCGCUACGAUACUCUCUCACACGACUCCCAUUGACACUUGUAGGCUCUCCGUUGUUUCUAAAACAUUCCAUUCUGCCUCCGAUUCCGAUGACGUCUGGAAUCGAUUUCUCCCUUCCGAUUCCAAUCUCAUCGACUCUAUCUUCUCACGGUAUCCUCACCUUGCCAACCCUCCUUCUAAAAAGGCUCUGUUUCGUGCUCUCUCUGAUUCUGAUCUUAUGAUCAUUGACGAUGGUAAAAAGAGCUUUCAAUUGGAUAAGAAGAGUGGAAAAAUAUUUUACAUGCUUUCUGCUAGAUCACUCACCACCACUGAUUGCAAAAGCAGUGCACGUCGUAAGAAAAAGUGGAUUUCUGUGCGAGAGUCCAGGUUCCCUAAAGUUCUUAAGCUUGGUCUUGUUUCCCGACUCGAGAUUCAUGGGAUGAUUAGCUCUCUAUCCUUGUCCCCAAAUACCGAAUAUGUGGCUUAUCUCGUGUUCAAGAUGAGUGGUGGCCUCUGGAUUAGAGAAAGAGCCUGCGAAGUUAUCCAUUGGUGUUGAAGGUGGCCCUUGCAUCACUAAAUCUGUCUGUUUGGAUCCCGACGUCGAGCGUCGUCAUACUCAUACCCAUACUCGUACACGGAGAUGCAAGUGUCGUGUAUUGAGGCCGCCGCCCAAGAGGGUGCCCAAGAGAAUAGCAAGACUGCAACAUCCUUUUGAGAGAAACGAUGGGUGGUUGGAGAUUGAGAUAGGAACAUUCUUCAAUUCAAGUCUCAAAGAUAAGGAAGUCCGGAUGAGUCUUAUCCAGGAAAACAGUGGUUUGUCGAUCAUAAAUUUCUUACUUGAAGGAAUAGAAGUUAGGCCUACAUAUUAUGCAGGGUCUUGUGUUUUGGAUAACUAAAUACUGCUUAAAGAUUUGAAGUCUCUACUUUUCAACAUAUUAUGUGACAUAUAUGCUUAUUUAAA